GGCGUGCUUGGGGUCGCUACACGGCAGCCCGGGAUUAGGCAGCGUUUGCGACAGACCAGAUGCUUCCCUAGGAGAGGCGGUGUGGCGAGCUGUCGGUGACGUGCCUCGCCGUUCUUCUAGCACCGUUCUUGUACUGCGCAGAGCUGGGAGCACGCAGGGGUGCCGGAGGUGGACUGAUAAUAAGUACUGAAUUAAGAAGACUUCAGGGAAGAAGAAAGGCAAGAUUUACUACUCAGCAGACUUCUGUAGGUCCUGUCUUACUGGAGAAGAAUAUCCCUCGCUUUGCAGUCAAGCUUAUUUCAUGUCAUCACUUUUUGGCAGAAAGGUGAAGCAGUAUUUUUUCCUGCUGGUCUAUCCCUCAAGUUCAGGAAGCCAUCUAUCUUCAAGGCCCUGAAGAACUCUGAUUAUCUGCGUUGAGAUAAUGAGGAGCCCACUGGCUUUCUGCUGAGCAGUAUUUGGAAGGCAAGUGAGAGACCAUUAUGAUUACUUGGACAUCAGAGAGGAAAUACUUGAGCUGACACCUUGACUUCACUGUGUGGGUGGACACAGAAGAGCCAUGGAGUAUUACCUUCAGCCUUCUCUCAGACAUCCUCCCUUGGAUUGUUUUCUGCAUAAAGCAAUGGAGGCAGAGGAGGCAAAGAACCAGCUGGCAGAUGGGCACCAAGCUCCAGAUCUCCAGGUGACAUGGCUGCUCCCAUCUCUCCUCUACUGCAGGAAACGUGUUUGGAAACAAUAACAACUACAUGAACAUGGCAGAGGCAAAUAAUGCAUUUCUUGCUGCAAAUGAGCAGACGUUCCACACGCCGAGCCUGGGGGAUGAGGAGUUCGAAAUCCCACCUAUUACACCCCCGCCCGAGUCAGACCCUGCACUGGGGAUGGCAGACAUCCUGCUGCCCUUUCAGGGCCUUGGUGACCAGCUGACAGCACAAGGAAAUGACUUUACACCCCAGUUUCCCCCUCAGAGCUUGGAUCUCCCCUCCAUUACUAUAUCCCGAAAUCUCAUGGAGCAAGAUGGCGUCAUCCACAGCAACGGAUUGCACAUGGAUCAGAGUCACACCCAAGUUUCGCAGUACCGCCAAGACCACUCUUUGAUUAUGAGAUCCAUUGUCCACAUGACGGAUGCUGCUCACUCGGGAAUUAUGACUCCCUCUCAGCUCACCACCAUUAACCAGUCCCAGCUAAGUGCACAGCUGGGGCUAAAUCUGGGAGGCACCAACAUGCCACACACUUCUCCCUCCCCUCCUGCCAGUAAAUCAGCCACUCCUUCCCCCUCCAGCUCGAUAAAUGAAGAAGAUGCAGAUGAAUCAAAUAGAGCUACUGGAGAAAAAAGAGCUGCCCCAGAUUCUGGCAAGAAGCCGAAAACUCCAAAGAAGAAGAAAAAGAAAGAUCCCAAUGAGCCACAAAAGCCAGUGUCAGCAUAUGCCCUUUUCUUCAGGGAUACACAAGCUGCAAUUAAAGGGCAGAACCCAAAUGCUACGUUUGGAGAGGUUUCAAAAAUAGUGGCAUCUAUGUGGGACAGUUUAGGAGAAGAACAAAAACAGGUAUAUAAAAGAAAAACAGAAGCUGCCAAAAAAGAAUACCUAAAGGCACUUGCAGCCUAUAGAGCAAGCCUUGUUUCCAAGGCUGCUGCAGAGUCUGCUGAGGCCCAGACAAUUCGUUCUGUGCAGCAAACAUUGGCAUCCACAAAUUUGUCUUCUUCCCUUAUUCUGAAUACUUCUCUCUCUCAACAUGCCACAGUAUCGGCAUCUCCUCAAACUCUUCAACAGUCCAUUCCCAGAGCAAUUGCUCCCAAACCUCUGACCAUGAGACUGCCAAUGAAUCAGAUUGUAGCUUCUGUUACCAUUGCAUCAAACAUGCCGACAAACAUUGCAGCUCCAUUGAUAAGUUCUAUGGGAACAAACAUGGUGGCAACACCGUCUUCAUCUCAAGUAAGUCCCUCCAUGCAAAGCCAGCAGCACCAGAUACAGCAGCUGCAGCAGCAACAGAUGCAGCAGAUGCAACAACAGCAGCUACAUCAGCAUCAAAUGCAUCAGCAGAUACAACAACAAAUGCAACAACAGCAUUUUCAGCACCACAUGCAACAACAUUUGCAGCAGCAGCAGCAGCAGCAUCUUCAGCAGCAAAUUAACCAACAGCAAAUGCAACAGCAGCUUCAGCACAUACAGCUUCAGCAGAUGCAGCAGCAGCAGAUGCAGCAUAUGCAACACCAGUCACAGCCUUCUCCUCAGCAGCACUCGCCAGUAGCCUCUCAGAUCACUUCUCCCAUCCCUGCCAUUGGGAGCCCUCAGCCAGCACCUCAGCAGCACCAGUCACAAAUACAAUCUCAGACACAGACUCAAGUAUUAUCACAGGUCAGUAUUUUCUGAAGAUAAAUGAUCUCACAGCAUCGCUUUGUGUUGAUGGAGGGGGUAGGGGUAAACCAUAUUUGGCUGAAAACUGUAAAUUGUUGAUGGUAGUUAUGCAGGGAUGCAUAACAGAUCAAAUGAUCCUCUAAAGUGUCUAUUAGAUAGGCAAUAAAGAACUACAAUGUAGCUGUGUAUCAUCUUUUAGCUGACUAUAAAUCAUUUUGUUUAAAAAAAAAAAAAAAAGCUGUGCUCUCUUUCAUGUGAUGCCUUUUUAAUUUAUUUAAGCUUUACCUACAAUAUGUGAAUCAAAUGGCCUAAUAAAUACCUGAACCUUAUGACUGCAACAUGGCCUUUCAGAGUUACAGAUUUCUCUAGAAGUGAAUAAUGCACUUCAAGGCAGUAUGAACUCAUGAAGCCCUUAAAGCACAGUUGUAACUACCUGUAAAAUGAUGAUUGGAUUUCAUACAGUCAUACUUUUAUGACAUGAGUUCGUUGAUGGCAUUUUUUCUCAUGAAAAAAAAAAUAGAGUAUGUCACAGAUUUUUGCCAAAGCUCUUAAAUUUCUGUCCUAAAUAUCUUCAGAAAAGCAAAAGCAAGUAACUGAACUUCAAUGUUUGAUCCAUCCUUUCACUUCAUUCCUCCCGAUAAACUUACCAUACUUUGUAACAAAAUAUAUAUUGACAGUUACCCUAUUACAUUAAUUCCAAUUACAGAACAAAUGUGAAUAUUAUAUUCUGUGUGGAAGUGAUGAGUUUCAGAUUUAAUACACUGUAUUUUUAAAAGGGAAAUGCACUUAACUAAGGCUGUUAUUACAAAAAGCUAAGAUGAAAAAUGCAAGAGUUUUUAAUACGCUGUAAAACCAGUAGAAUAUUUAAAAGAAACUCCACGACCGAAUAAUCAAUGUAAAUAUUUUCUUUAAAAGUUGUAACUUUUCAUAUCAUGUGUUGUAAAGUUUUCAUAAAUGAGGCUUUAAUGUAAACACUGGUAACAUGAAUUAUUAA